CUCGCAUUGGGAGAAGAAGGCCCGGCGCAACUCCCAAAUCUUCUGACUUCUGGUAAGCUCAACGCUGUUGCUUUGCUCACUUCAGCGACUCAUACGCGUGUUCUGCAGUUGUACGACCCGCUUUGUACACCACCAUCGAUACUCAUCCACUGACCUCCUCCCUGUUGUAUGUGCCAUACGUACGUGUAUGACUGCCACCCAGACCUCAGACACUCGUCGACCUGCUAUCUUCUUCAAAACUGCUAUCGAUGUAUAUUACUGCAGACCUCGCACCCUUGCGACCUGUCGUCCUAUCCUACCUCUCCUCUUUCUCGCUUACUCUUUUUAACGACUUCGCUCGACCUCCCUUCGUCAUCAAGCCAACGUCACCCUACCUAUCCUUUCCUCCGUUCUUAACCCUCUCCUCUGCUCCGAAUCCCCUCCUCUGCUCCGACCUGCCCUCCUGCGCUGCUCUCCCACUCAUCGACAUCCCUCGCCUCCCUCCUCACGCCUACCCUACCCCGUACGACGCGGCCCGAGGUCGACCGUACUAAUGGUUCGAUCUGUGCCAUGGACAAUGCUCGUUACGCUCCUCGUAUCUAUUACCCAGUCUGUAACGUGUGCUCUGUAGCGUCUUGCCAUAUCUAUUCAGAUCUGUGAUCAUUUUACACCAGACACCAUGCG